GCACGGCCCGAGGUUCAUCCGAGCGCACUACCUAGAGCGACUUCCUGGGGAUUCAACCUAUCUCACUUCGUCAACACUACACUUCACCAGUUUUUGCACAACACCAUCCACGAUGGCAGCAAAGCCACAACGUGAGUCUGAGCAAGAAGUCCGGUCGUGGGGAUUCCUACACGUGUUCACCUGGUCCGAUGGCCCGAACGCCCACUACAGUCCACACUCCCACGCUGGCUUGACGACACAUCUGAUCCGCAAAGGACAGCUCACAAUGACUUAUCCAAAGGAGAAAGGUUCCGAGAAGAAGACAUACACUGUGGGCGAUCGUAUCGACGUUGAGGCUGGUCGUGUCCACGAGGUGUGGAUGGGACCUGAGGGCUGUACCUACGUCAUUGGAGAAUGAGACACGAACCGAAGAGAGAAAAAGUUUAGAAGGGAUGAGUAUGAAGAGGAUGCAUUGGGCUUGCCCCAGAUUUGCGAUUAAAGAGAAGAAGAGAGGCGGCUCCACAUGACAUACCAAAGUCACAUGACUCUCUUGCAAGCAACACGUGAUCGCUGUGGCAUACCCUUGUCAUAACUAAGGUAUACGCAGCUACGUAAGGAGUUGCUGAUAGGACUACUAUGCCUUUGAGCUCUCGAGAAUAGGCGUGGCCUACUCAUUUCGACCUUGUGAGAAGCUUCUCCGGCAAUGCAGCAUUCAGCCCUCUUUCCUACCGAUCUCGUCUUCAUCCCGCCUCACACACCAAUUGAGCACGGCAUCUGAUUUCAGCAAGUCUAGAACGUCCAGUGGCCAUCAUGAGAUGCAUCUGAGCUGAAAAGUCUCGAUCUUUCCGGCU